AUGGAUAUAGAAGAUAGAGCAGGUGGAAGUGGUGGGAGUGGUGGAAGUACACCUGUUCAAGAUGAGCAACCAUAUUCUGAUGGCGAAAAUCAGGACAUGGAAGUGGAUGGUAGUGAUGACGAGCAGAAAUCAUCAGGGAAAAAUGCCCGAACAGCUGACUCGGAUGAUGAAUAUGUGAGUGAGGGUGGCGAGUUUGAACGUGAAGAGGUACAACGAGACACUGAUGAUGAAGAUGUUGAAAGAGAAGAGCUGGAAAGACACUCUGAUGAAAACAUGUCGGAUGGUGAAAGGGAACAUUCUGGAGAUGAAGAUGCUCGGAAUGAUCCUGAAUCCCCUGCUGCAAGCCCCAGUCGAAGUCGAUCUGUCUCCCCUGCAAAGAGUGGAUCCAUUCACAGCCGAUCGGGAUCUCCUCAGAGUCCAGUUGGUUCCCCCAUGUCUGUACAGAAGAGUGGCUCAGACCGCAUAUUAUUUCCCCCUCCCCUGCACACAGUCAACAUUCAGCAUCCCCAGCACGCAGUCGAUCCAGAUCCGGAUCACCAGUAUCUAGGAGGAGUCAGUCUGGAUCUCCAGCAAGAAGUCGUUCUGGUUCUCCAGCCUCCAGGCAUAGUGGCUCAGGGUCACAUCGUAGCAAAUCAGGAUCACCUGCCUCACAGAGAAGCAGAUCAGGAACGCCACUUUCACAACGUAGCAGAUCAGGGUCACCGGCUUCACAGAGGAGUGGAUCAAGAUCACCUUCGAGGAGGAGCCGUUCAGGUUCUUCUGGGUCUCAUAGAAGUCGGUCAGGAUCUCAGCGAAGUGGCUCUGGAUCACCAUGGAGGAGAAGCCAGUCUGGUUCUCCAGCUUCACAGAGAAGCCGGUCUGGUUCUGCAGCUUCACAGAGAAGUCAAUCUGGAUCACCACGCCGAAGCCGGUCUGGUUCUGCAGCCUCGCAGAGAAGUCAAUCAGGGUCACCACGGCGAAGCCGAAGCCGGUCUGGUUCUGCAGCCUCGCGAAGAAGUCGGUCUGGUUCUGCAGCCUCACAGAGAAGCCGAUCAGGAUCACCACGCCGAAGCCGGUCUGGUUCUCCAGCCUCACGGAGAAGCCGGUCUGGCUCUGCAGCCUCGCAGAGAAGUCAAUCAGGAUCACCACACCGCAGCCGCAUCUCACAAAAGCGGCUCUAUAGGUUCACGCAAGAGUGGCUCAAAGUCACCCCAACGGAGUCGAUCUGGUUCUCCCGCAUCUCGACGGAGCCGUUCACGAUCAGCAGAUUCCCACCGCAGCAGUAGGUCAGGGUCUGCUGAGUCACAACACAGCAGACCUGCUUCACGUCACAGCAAGUCGGGAUUGCAGCGUAGUAGGUCAAAUUCUCCUGUGCCUUCAGAGGGCAGUUCUCCAGACUCUCCAAUUGUAAGAAAAAAAAAAGAGAAACUUUUCUCGGACAGUGAACCCUCCGACUCAGAGUCGGAACAGAUAAAGCGCAAAGUCAGAAGCCAAAUUCGCACAGUAAAUAAUUUUGACUUUUCUCUUCUUUUUUUUUCUUCUAUUUCUCUCCUUUUUUUUUUUUUCUUCUAUUUCUCUUCUUUUUUUUCCCCUUCUAUUUCUCUCCUUUUUUUUUCCCUUCUAUUUCUCUCCUUUUUUUUCCCCUUCUAUUUCUCUCCUUUUUUUUCCCCUUCUAUUUCUCUCCUUUUUUUUCCCCUUCUAUUUCUCUCCUUUUUUUUUCCCCUUCUAUUUCUCUCCUUUUUUUCCCUUCUAUUUCUCUCCUUUUUCCCUCCUAUUUCUUUUUUCUUUUUUUUCCCCUUCUAUUUCUCUCCUUUUUUUUUCUAUUUCUCUUUUUUUCCCCUUCUAUUUUCUCCUUUUUUUUCCCCCUUCUAUUUUCUCCUUUUUUCCCCUUCUAUUUCUCUCUUUUUUUUUUUUUCUCUCCUUUUUUUUCUUCUAUUUUUUUUUUUCCCCUUCUAUUUCUCUCCUUUUUUUUCCCCUUCUAUUUCUCUCUCUUUUUUCCCCUUCUAUUUCUCUUUUUUUUUUUUUUCCUUUUUUUUUUUUUUUCUCCUAUUUUUUUUUUUUCCCCUUCUAUUUCUCUCCUUUUUUUUUUUUUCCCCUUCUAUUUCUCUCCUUUUUUUUUUUUUCCCCUUCUAUUUCUCUCCUUUUUUUUUUUCCCCUUCUAUUUCUCUCCUUUUUUUUUCCCCUUCUAUUUCUCUCCUUUUUUUUUCCCCUUCUAUUUCUCUCCUUUUUUUUUCCCCUUCUAUUUCUCUUUUUUUUUUUUUUUUUUUCCUUUUUUUUUUCUCUCCUAUUUCUCUUUUUUUUUUUUUUUUUCCCCUUCUAUUUCUCCUCUCUAAUAUUUAA